CUGCAGCAGCCGGCGUGUGCGGGGACUCUUCAGGAUGGCCAUGCAGUCUCUCCGGAGUCUCCUGCAGGCCUCGGUCACGGAGAAGCCCACUGAAAUCGAGUCCUGCUUGGAGCUUCUAGAGAUGUGGCUGGAUUCUAGGAAUGGCCACGAGCAGGAACGGGCCAUGUGGUGUGCUACCUGUGUUCUUGGCUUUACUGUAAACGUGAAUAACUUCCAAGCGUUUGCAGAGUACUUCACCCGGAGCCAGCUCCGCGACCUGGUGCUGGAGGCCAUUGAGGGCCUGACUGACAGCAAGGCCAAGUUGUCUCUGGCUGCUGCUCAGCUGAUGAAGGCUGUCAUGGAAGAGCGAGGCAGAGACAUGACAAAGGUUGAGGAUAUUGUGGAUGGCGUCCUUGAACAGUUCAACUCGAGUCUGGAAGCCAGGACAGAGGAGGAGACCCUGCAGGCCAUGUGCUCUCUGGCACUCAGCAACACCAUCGCUGUGGUCCCCGUGCUGCUCAGCAAGCCCCUUCCCUGGGACAGCUCCACGCUGGCCUUGUGGAAGGCAUUUGGCACCCAGCGGAACACCUCCCUCAAAGUCGUGCAGCUGCUCACACGCUUCCUGGAAAAGACCCCCUCCAGAGAGGACACAGUGGACAUGGACGCCCAGCCUGUGGUGGAGAGGGAGCCAGUGAGGAUCUCAGCCACCUCUGCCCUGGGCCACAUGCUGAGCCGGGACAGGAAAUACAAGCCUGGAGCCACCAUGAAAAGGGAACUGUAUACAUUUCUGCUCCCGUUGCUGCUGAACAUGCAGGAGGGAAACAGCGAGAUGGUCAAGGCCUGUGGAGGGGCCCUUGCUGAAUGGGCAGAGCUGACUGGCUGGGCGUCUCUGACCCGCAGCUUGCGGCACACCACCCUCAGUGACCCCCCGCAGGUGCUACAGGACACAUGUGUGUACCUGGUGAGCGAGAGUCUCAACGUUCAUCCCGGGGACAGAACAGUGGGCUCAGUGGAUAGAGGGGGCAGGUGA